AUGAUUCACCCUCAGCAGAGGCAGCAGGGACUAGUGUGGGACAUCCAAACCACAAUGACAGAUGUGGUUGUUCCUGUCCUGAUGCACAUCCACAUUCAGAGGCUUCUAGUUCUCAUCCGCAUUCGAAACAGGGCCCAGUCCACGACUGCCUCUCCAGAGUUUCAAACAAGAGAAGCCUUUCAUCCUCGCCACACAGCCAGCCUUUCUCUCAAAGCACCCAAGUGCAGUGACCAAGACGGCCAAAAGGAGAUAUUGCAGCAACAGCCUUGCAGUCAUUUUAAACUUUCGGACAGCAGCCAAGCAACUUUGUUUAACAUCCCUCUGAACUCCAUCGAGCGUGCCGAGACAAAUCAAGACCUUCACCGACAUCCUCAGCCAGACCUCAACUGGAGGGAGCUUUUUGGGAAAGAACCGCUGUUGGUUCAGCAAUGUCAAAAGCGAGACUCUCACUGCUUGAUGAGCGGCGAUCAAACCUGCAGGUCAUCUGCAGAUCCCUCCGUCGUCCUCAAGUGCCGUCACCUCCCCUACGACCCUUUAACCAGCAACCCGCGGGUGAAGAGGUCGUCUACUCCAGCCAGUAACAAAAGUGUCCGGCCCUUAUCCACUGGCCAGUAUAGUUCACUGGAGAACCAGGAUUUUGUGGUGGAGAGAGCUAGACAGAGACUAAGUCAGACAAGCUCGCAGCACUUCAGUGGAUCAAAACUCUCCCUCCCCAAACACAUUCCUCCACCUUCUGACACCUUAGAAACUGGUGACGUAGUUAACGGGGAUGCAGUGCGACCACUGGGCAGCCACAGCACGUCUGGAUCCAGCCUCGCAGACCUGCACUCAGGCCAGCAGCCUCUUCAGCUUCUUCACAGUGCCAUCCUGGAGGACGCCUUCUCCAAAGUCAUCAGAGAAGAUUCCAGCAAGGCCAACGAUGAGAACCUGGCCAGGGAGGAAGGCAGCGUACCACAGAAGAAGACCAAGGACAUUAGCUACAGGCUGGGUCAGAGAAAAGCUCUCUUUGGGAAGCGCAAACAGUUGAGUGACUAUGCGUUGGUCUGCGGCAUGUUUGGCAUUGUUGUCAUGGUGAUCGAGACGGAGCUGUCGAGGGGAUUUUACAGCAAGGAAUCCAUAUAUUCAUAUGUACUGAAAGGCCUGAUCAGCCUCUCCACUGCUGUUCUUCUUGGACUCAUUGUGAUGUACCACGCAAGGGAAAUCCAGCUCUUCAUGGUGGACAACGGAGCAGACGAUUGGAGGAUAGCUAUGACCUUUGAGCGGAUUCUCUUUGUUGUGUUUGAGCUCCUCAUCUGUGCCAUCCAUCCCAUCCCGGGCCAGUACGUGUUCACCUGGACCGCUCGGCUGGCCUUCAGCUACACGGCAUCGGUAGCGGACGCCGAUGUCGACAUCAUCCUCUCUGUGCCAAUGUUCAUGCGGCUCUACCUGAUUGGCCGUGUCAUGCUGCUCCACAGCAAACUGUUCACAGACGCCUCCUCCCGCAGCAUCGGCGCGCUCAACAAGAUCAGCUUUGACACCCGUUUUGUCAUGAAGACCCUGAUGACCAUCUGCCCCGGCACAGUCCUGCUGGUCUUCAGUGUGUCGUGUUGGAUCAUCGCAGCGUGGACCGUGCGUGUGUGUGAGAGGUAUCAUGAUGCACAGGAGGUGACCAGUACCUUUCUUGGAGCAAUGUGGCUGAUCUCCAUCACCUUCCUGUCCAUCGGCUAUGGCGACAUGGUCCCUCAUACCUACUGUGGGAAAGGGGUUUGCCUGCUGACAGGAAUCAUGGGAGCAGGAUGUACAGCCUUAGUGGUCGCCGUUGUUGCAAGAAAGUCAGAAUUGACCAGAGCCGAGAAGCACGUCCAUAACUUCAUGAUGGACACUCAGAUCUACAAAAAGAUAAAAAACACAGCAGCCAAUGUGUUGAGGGAGACGUGGCUCAUCUACAAAAACACUAAGCUAGUCAAGAAGAUUGACCAUGCCAGAGUGCGCCACCAUCAGCGUAAAUUCCUGCAAGCCAUCCACCAACUGCGGACAGUGAAAAUGGAGCAAAGGAAACUGAUGGAUCAGGCCAAUACAGUUGCUGACCUCGCCAAGACUCAGAACAUGAUGUAUGAUCUGGUGUCGGAGCUGCAGCACCGUAGCGAGGAGCUGGACAGGAGGAUUGCAGCUCUGGAAGAGAAACUGGACUCCAUCCUCCUCAGUGUGCAGUCGCUGCCCGUUGUGCUUUCUCAAGCAAUAACAAAGCUACAAAAGGAUUUCCUGGACGACUUGGCCUGUCGGGUCCACUUCCUGUCAUCCUCUCUGAGCUCUGAGUGCUGUUCGGUCCCUGCCAGGCAGCUCUGUCCAGGAUCCACCACACCAGAGACACCAUACAGCUCCUAG